AUGGACCUCAAAAAGAAAAAAAACCUUCGAAAUAUAUCAAAAAUCCCUUUCAAAGUACUAGACGCACCUUCCUUACAAGACGAUUUCUACCUAAAUUUAGUAGAUUGGUCUUUAACGAAUGUCCUUGCAGUUGCACUUGGUCCUUGUGUUUAUUUAUGGAAGGCAAACAGCAAUAUAGUGGUAAAGUUUUGCGAUUUAGGAUCCAAUGAUUCCGUUGCAAGUGUUAAUUGGCACCCUAAGGGUCAUUAAUUAUGUAUAGGAACUUCCAAAGGAGAAACAUAAGUUUGGGAUGCUGGUGAGAUUUAAAACAUAAGGACUCUAAAAGGACAUUAGGGAAGAGUAGGUUCUAUAGCUUGGUCUUAAGGAACAUUAUCUACAGGUUCUAGAGAUAAAAAUAUAUUAAUGAGAGACCUAAGAGAUAAAAAUCAUUAUUAUAAAAAAUUAAAAGAACAUAAAUAAGAAAUAUGUGGUUUAAAAUGGAGUUUUGAUGAACAACUAUUAGCUUCAGGAGGUAAUGAUAAUAAAUUAAAUGUCUGGAAUAAUCAUUCAUAAGAACCUGUUUGUAAAUUCUACGAACAUCAAGCUGCUGUCAAAGCUAUAGCUUGGUCAUCUCAUUAACAUAAUUUAUUAGCAUCAGGAGGAGGCACAUAAGAUAGAUGUAUUAGAUUUUGGAAUACUUCUACUAAUAAAUAAUUAGAUUUCAUAGAUACUUAAUCAUAAGUUUGUAAUCUUAUGUUUGGUAAAAGUGUUAAUGAAAUAGUUAGUACACAUGGAUAUUCUUAGAAUUAAAUUAUAGUAUGGAAAUAUCCAUCCAUGUAAAAAGUCGCAGAAUUAACAGGACAUACAUCAAGAGUUUUAUUCUUGGCUAUGAGUCCAGAUGGAUAGACAAUUGUUACAGGAGCUGGAGAUGAAACUUUAAGAUUUUGGAAUGUUUUUCCUUCUAUUAACGAUUAAUUAUAAUAAAAAAGUAUACUUGUAAAUGAUAUCAGUGAUUUAAGAUGA